AUGCCUACUUUGCAUAGCGUUUCCCAGCAUGCCUCGCGGCCGCCCGCCGCCCAACACGGGGGUGGGCACAACCGGGGGCUGCGCUCCUCACGACGCCUUACUGGCAGACCUGGAAUCCACCACCUCGCAUAUCUCUAAGCGACCAGUUUUUCUAACAGAGGAAACGCCUUACUCCUACCCAACUGGAAACCACACGUACCAGGAGAUUGCUGUGCCACCACCGGUGCCUCCUCCACCUUCCAGUGAAGCCCUAAAUGGCACUGUGAUUGACCCCUUGGACCAGUGGCAACCCAGCGUAUCCAGAUACGCCCACCAGCAACCUCAGUCCCAGUCUCCGAUAUACAGCUCUAGUGCCAAAAGCUCCAGUGCCUCUGUUCCUAGAGACGGGCUCAGCUCCCCUUCUCCCCGUGCCAGUGAGGAGGAACACGUCUACAGCUUCCCAAACAAGCAGAAGUCUGCAGAACCAUCUCCCACAAUGACCAGCACCUCUCUGGGCAGCAACCUCUCGGAACUGGACAGGCUUCUCCUGGAACUGAAUGCUGUUCAACAUAAUCCCCCCAGUGGCUUCCCAGCAGAUGAAGUCAGCAGAAGCCCAUCACUGCCCAGCGUGACUGGACCUCACUAUGUCGUCCCAGAGAGCAGCAGCUCUGCAGGGGGGAAGGCUGCACCCCCUACAAAAGAAAAACCAAAGCGAAAUGGUGGGCGUGGGAUCGAAGAUGUGCGUCCCAGUGUGGAGAGCCUGCUGGAUGAGUUGGAGAGCUCUGUGCCAAGCCCAGUCCCUGCAAUCACUGUGAGCCAAGGGGAGGUGAGCAGCCCUCAGCGUGUCACCGCCAGUCAGCAGCAGACCCGUAUCUCUGCUUCUUCAGCUACACGAGAACUGGAUGAGCUGAUGGCGUCCCUCUCUGACUUUAAGUUCAUGGCACAGGGGAAGGCUGGUGGCAGCAGCUCCCCACCAUCCACCACCCCCAAGCCUGGCAGUCAGCUGGACACCAUGCUGGGAAGCCUGCAGUCUGACCUGAACAAACUGGGGGUAGCAACAGUCGCCAAGGGUGUGUGUGGAGCCUGCAAGAAGCCGAUUGCUGGGCAGGUAGUUACAGCCAUGGGGAAAACCUGGCACCCUGAGCACUUUGUCUGCACCCACUGCCAGGAGGAGAUUGGGUCACGGAACUUCUUUGAGCGGGAUGGGCAGCCCUACUGUGAGAAGGACUAUCACAACCUCUUCUCUCCUCGCUGCUACUACUGCAAUGGGCCAAUCCUUGAUAAAGUGGUGACGGCUUUGGACAGGACGUGGCACCCUGAACACUUUUUCUGUGCCCAGUGUGGAGUUUUCUUUGGACCUGAAGGAUUUCAUGAGAAGGAUGGCAAAGCCUAUUGUCGCAAGGACUACUUCGACAUGUUUGCUCCCAAGUGUGGAGGCUGUGCCCGGGCUAUCCUGGAAAAUUAUAUUUCUGCCUUAAACACCCUGUGGCAUCCUGAGUGCUUUGUCUGUCGGGAAUGUUUCACACCAUUCAUCAACGGCAGCUUCUUCGAGCAUGACGGGCAGCCCUACUGUGAGGUGCAUUACCACGAGCGCCGCGGCUCGCUGUGCUCUGGCUGCCAGAAGCCCAUCACGGGACGCUGCAUCACUGCCAUGGGCAAGAAAUUUCACCCCGAACACUUUGUCUGUGCCUUCUGCCUCAAGCAGCUCAACAAAGGAACCUUCAAAGAACAGAACGACAAGCCCUACUGUCAGAACUGCUUUCUCAAACUCUUCUGUUAAAGGCAUCAUAGAUGGGAGCUAAGCAUCUUUCUGCCGCCCCUUGUGGCAGUUCUGUCUCUUUGAACAUUACUGUGAUUUAGAAACCUUACCAGGCAGGGGAGGGGGCGGGUGGCAGUGCUCAGUGCUGCUGCAGAGAGGCAGGAGAUCCAGAGAUGAGACGGACCAUUAAACUGGAAAUGCCCUUGCUGUGUCUCAGUAGAGAGAGGCUCGGUCCCCUCAUUACGGUGUGUCUGUGUAUGACUGACAGCUGAGCUUAGCCCCAGGGCUCCACCAGGGAGGCUGUCCUCAGCCCCUCCUGCCAGGAGCGGCUCUGCACGUAGGAUUCUAUCUGUGUCAGCUCUGGGCAAACCCUGAUGCUUGCAGACAGCAGUUUUGACACCUGGCACAGCGAGGGCACCCCGUGAUCUCAGCAGCACCCUGCCUCUGCUCUUAGAGCCACAUGGCACGUGUGACUUACAGAUCAGAGCCUCAGCACAGGCUGCCACGGCCCUGCAAGGGUCUCUCCAGUUCCAUUACACUGUAAGGAGUUGAUACCACUUUUUUUUUUUUGUCGUUGUUGUUUUAAGAGGAAUGAAGGUGUUACUCUGUGGGUUCUUCCUGGUUUGUUACUCCAUGCCUCUUCUCAGCACGUGGAAGCAGUGGGUGCUGUCCCCCUUCAGAAGUGUGGGUGCAGGGAGUCAGAGCACAGCAUUCCUGCCCACCCCCAGCAGGAGUGCAUGUUUGUGUCCAGCUGUAAGGGCCUGAGCUCCUCCCGAGGGAGCGGGGGAAGGAGUGGAGGGGUUUAAGAAGCCAGGAAACAAACCAAGUCCUAACUUUCUCGUUCUUCUUCCUCUCUUUGCUAACGAGAGCUGCCAGCCUUUGGCCCUUCCCCUCUCUGUGCUCCCGUCCCACGUGUGCUACUAAGAGAUGCUACAGCAAUAACUUUUAUACUGACUGUUAUGCCAAACCCCGGGCGGGCUGUGCGACACGCCCGGUUUUACUACGGGAAUGAAUACUGUAUCCUGUCUUUGAUAAGAUUUCUACACUGAUUUUCGAAUUCGUAUCUAAUUUGCUUUUAAUCCUCUUAUACAGAAAUUGGUUUUGAAGUGAUUUUUAAAGAGAGCGACUUUUCUAUCAGCGCUGCGGUGGCGGUGCCGUUAAACCCAACGGGCGCGGAGCGCUGCUUAGUGCGGCUCGGGGCCGGGAGCGGUGCGGGGCCGGGGAGCGCAGCUCGGGCUGCGGGGCGGUGCGGGGCGGGCAGCCCGGCCGAACAGCCGCGGGGGGCGGAGCGCCGUGCCGGGCGGUGCCGGUGCCGCCUCCGCACAACGUGCGCUACGGGCGGGCGGAGCCCUGCAGCCCUCGGAAGGCAACAACCGGCUCUGUUAGGGCCUCGCCGCGUCGCCGUCCCGCCAUGUAACGCUCUCGCUGUGCUUUGUUUCCAUUUAAGUUCUUGCAGUUACGCCAAUAAAGUUUGUACCGUUACUCCGUGCCGGUGCCGCUCUGUCCGUCAGCGCCGCCCCUCCGCUGCCGCGCGCUCCUCCGACCGCUAGAGGGCGCGCCGCGCCUUCCGCCGUAGUGCGGCCCGCACGCCGUCGGCGCCGCUCCUGUGAGUG